CCGUCCCCGCUAUCAGUCAUACUACGUACUACCACCACCGCAACCCAUUCUUAAGUUCCCUCUCUUCCCUUUCUCUCCCAAUUCUCCCGCCUCAACAACUCGCCCACUUCCUUCUGAUCAAGCGACUCCGCCUCUCGUCCCAGCCUUGCUCACUUCUUCUCUCUUUCCUCGGUCUUAUUAUACCCUCCUUACUGCGAUCCCUCUCGUCCGCACUUUUGCUGCUUCCUUUGAUCUGCCCUAUCUCUACCUAGAGUCGCCCCGCUCAUUGCUUCCCCGCUUCGACCUUGCGGAUAGUUUCGAUUCCACCCACCUGCGCAAUUCGCCUUUGAAUCCAGAUAUCUCGGUGUCGACGGACUCGAGGACUACUUAUACCUUCAUACCUGCUUUAUCUGCAAGUCAUUCAAAAUGAGUAGCCCUAAGCGGAGAAUUGAGACAGAUGUGAGUACCCCUCGGUUGAUGAGUGAUUAUGAGGUGACUCUGGUCAAUGAUAACAAGUUCUACGUGCGUUUCAAAGGACCGGAAGAGACACCCUUCGCCGGUGGCCACUGGAAGAUCCACGUCGAACUACCCGAUCAAUACCCAUACAAGAGCCCGAGUAUCGGGUUUGUGAACCGGAUUUUCCACCCGAACAUCGAUGAGCUGUCGGGUUCCGUUUGUUUGGAUGUCAUAAACCAAACAUGGUCACCCAUGUACGAUAUGAUCAACAUCUUCGAAGUCUUCCUUCCUCAGCUCCUGCGCUACCCCAACCCUUCGGACCCUUUGAACGGUGAAGCAGCUGCCAUGCUCAUGCGGGAACCGAAAAGCUACGAGGCAAAGGUCAAGGAGUACGUAGCCAAGUACGCCAGCAAAGAGGCCGUCGACGAAGCCGGAGAAGACACAGAGUCAGAAGACGAACUGAGCUCGGCAGGCAGUUACGAGUCCGGCGGCGAAGAGCCAGCCGGUACGAUGGACGACGUCUAGUCCUACCGCAGUUCAGUCAGUCUUAGACCAUUUGCGUCUUGGUUUGGACAUUUCACACCAGUAUAUUGCAUAGGCAUCGUUGUCUAUUAUCUGUUUUCGGUGUUAUUUAAUAUUGCUGCUUUAUCUCUCGGGUGUCAGGCGGGAAGGCGUUUCUGGCGGAGUUCUGUCGUUUCAAGGUGCAGCAAUCGUCUACGACGGUCGCAAGAGAAGGUAGCUAAUGGGCGAUCGGAUCAUGUAACGUG